AUGGCUCCUACACGUCGAAAUAAGAAGCCACCUCCAGAGGGUUGGGAAUUAAUUGAGCCGACAAUCGAAGAAUUGAAUCGAAAAAUGCGUGAAGCUGAAACAGACCCACACGAGGGCAAGCGGAAAGUUGAAGCCGAGUGGCCCAUUUUUCGCAUUCACCACAAACGUUCCAGAUUUGUGUAUGAUCUUUAUUACAAGCGGAAGGCCAUAACUAAGGAACUAUAUGACUAUUGUAUUAAAGAGAAAAUUGCCGACGGCAAUCUGAUUGCCAAGUGGAAAAAACAAGGUUACGAAAAUUUGUGCUGCUUACGUUGUAUCCAGUCUCGGGACACAAAUUUUGGCACCAAUUGUAUUUGUCGCGUACCGAAAGCCAAACUGGAGGAGGGGAAGGUUGUUGAAUGCCAGAGUUGUGGCUGUCGAGGUUGCUCCGGCUAG